AUGGGGUUAAGUGACAGCUCACUUAAGAAACGUCUCACUCAGCCACCGAAAUUCUGGGCUCAACUGUGGUCGUCAGUCGAGGAUGACCUGUGUUUUAAUCACGCACCUCUGCCUCUUUUGCAGUUCCUCAUCUCGGAGGGUGACCAGGAGCAGCUGCCGUGCCCAGCCGAGUGCCCCCCACAACAAAAUGGCCGCCCCGUCUGUGCCUCCGACGGGAAGUUUUACAGGUCGGCCUGCGCCUUCCAGGAAGCCAGGUGUGAACAUCCCCACCUGCAGGUGUGGCCUCGCUUCCGCUGCAGGGGAGCUGCCCGGCGGGAUAAUAACAGUGCCAAUUUGACUCGUUGCCAGGAAGACCGAGCAGCUGCCCUCGCCAAAUCCCGCCGCCAGACCCAGGCCCCCUACGUGCCUGAAUGUAGCGAGAACGGCGCCUUCCUGGAGGUCCAGUGCCAUAAACAAACGGGCUAUUGCUGGUGCUCCACCCCGGAAGGCAAGCCCAUCGCAGGAACGUCUGCCCUGAACCAAGCGCCCAAUUGCACAGGAACGGAUUCGGUGGGAACUUCAUGGCAAGAUGCCCGUUCUUCCAAGCGAGAAGAAGGUGUGGCCCCCCGGCCUACUCAGCCAAGCCCCGGGCCCCACAGGCAGCCAGAAGGCACCACCCUGCCUUUCCUGAUUCCCAUCAUCCUUCCGGAUUUCAAGACCAACCACUCGGCGAAACCGGCUCAAGAAUAUCCGCCGUCGUGCGAACAGGAACGGCGGGAAGCCAUCCACGAGGCCCGCCAGCACCAGCAAGAGGGCACCUUCAUCCCGGCGUGCGAAGGCGAUGGCACCUACAAGGAGGUGCAGUGUCACCAGGCCACAGGCUACUGCUGGUGCGUGCGAGUGGACACCGGCCGCCCCAUCCCAGGGACCUCCACCCGAAACUUUCCCCCGGACUGCGAAGCUGAUACAGCAACCAAGAGCACGGAAAUAGGGCCCUUGUUCCGAGAUCGGAUCCUGCCCGGUUGUCCCGGGUCAAAGAAAACUCAGUUCCUUACCCAACUGAUCAAAGCAUUGAGUUCCCACAUGCUCCAAUCAAGGCUGAUGACCAUUCCAUACCGCAGGUUUCCGGAUUCCUUGGCGGCCCCCAGCUUGGAAGACCGGGCCGUGCGCUGGCAGUUCACCCACCUGGACCGAGACUUCAGCAACGGCGUGAGCGAGCGGGAGCUGCGCCCUUUCAAGCUAUACAUGAAGCAAAACGCCCGGCCCAAGCGCUGCGUCCGGAAGUUCCUGGAUUACUGCGAUCUCAGCGGCAACAAGUUGAUCUCUCUGCCCGAAUUCAGAGGCUGUUUGGGGCUCAGCUAACCCUC